AUGCAUGUAUGCGCUAUGCAAGACUUACGAUUGGAAAAGAAACGGAACAAAGAGGCGGAGAAGUACUGGCUGAUGUUCGGUCUCGAACGAAGAAAUGAAAAAAAUGUUAGCUGGAAACCUUAUCUUUUAGAAUACGAAAUGAAAUCAGAAUAUCGGCAGAAGUUACAGUGCGAACUCAUAAACGCUACUGUUCCGCCCUCCUCUUGA